GAUUGACUUACACAGAGAGACAGCAGCUCUCAGGUCACACAUCAGUAAUGGAACCGAAUGCACAUUUAAACCUGAUUUUACUGGGGACCGCACAAUCUGGAAAGAGUGCGUCAGGAAACACAAUACUGGGACGACAAGCUUUUGUGACAAAUGAAAGCUUUUCAGUCACACGAGAUUUUGCUGUUGUAUCCGAGACCGUCUUUGGGAUUCCAGUCACUGUUUAUGACACUCCAGGAUUAUAUCAGAGUCAGAUCAGUGAUAAUCAGAUGUCACUCCAAUAUAAGAGUAUUUUCCAGAAGUGUGAAUCUUGUUCCUGUGUGUUUCUGCUGGUCAUCAAAGCCGACAGAUUCACUGAAGAAGAGAGAAGAACUGUGGAGAAGAUUGAGAGAUUUUUGGGACCACACCGCUUGAAUAAAACCUGGAUUCUCUUCACCAGAGGAGACGAACUAGAUAGAGGAAACACGACAAUAAAAGAAUUUCUUGAGAGAAAUGAAGCACUGAAGACACUUGAGAAGUAUGAUCAGAGAUACCAUGUGUUCAACAACAUGAAGAAAGGACCAAGUGACCAGGUCAAGGUGCUGCUUGCUAAAAUUAUCCAAACAUCAUAUCUGGUAAAUGCAUCAGAAGGAGGGAUGCUGCCCAGACGGACCACAACGUUCACAACCUUCACUCGCGAUCUUGAUAACCAUUCAACUAGAAGGAUUGUUCUUCUGGGUAAAACUGGUUUUGGCAAGAGUGCAUCUGGAAACACAAUACUGGGACAGAACGUGUUUAAAUCUAAGCUUAGCUCAAUUUCAGUAACCUGUCAAUGUUCAGUCAAUCAAGCCACUGUUUCAGGUAGAUCUGUGUCUUUAGUUGAUACUCCUGGAUUGUUUGACACACGAGAUGAGGAGAACACAGAUGAGCAGGUGAAGAAAGAGAUAGCGAGAAGUGUUUAUUUGUCCAGUCCUGGACCUCACGCUUUUCUCAUUGUUCUGCGUGCAACUGACAGAUUCACUGAACAUGAGCAGCAGAUCCCUCAGAUGAUUGAGAUGAUGUUUGGUCAGGAGGUGUUAAAAUACUCCAUCAUUCUCUUCACUCAUGGAGAUCAGCUGGUAGGAGAAACCAUUGAGGAUCUCAUUAAGGAGAACAGUCAAUUAAGACAUCUAGUUCAAGAGUGUGGAGACAGAUAUCACGUCUUCAACAACAGAGAUCAGAGAAACAGAGAGCAGGUGAAUGAUCUACUGCAGAAGAUUGACACAAUGAUAGAGAAGAACGGAGGAGGACACUUCAGUAAUCAGAUGUUUCAAGAUGCUCAGAGAUACAGACAAUUAGAAGAAGAGAGGAGAAAGAGUGAGGAGGGAAAACAACAAGAGGAGAAGGAAAGAGUCAGAGUUCACAAUAUCAGAGCAGAGAAUACAGUUCAAAUACGUGAAGUAGAUAGACAGAGAGAGAAAGAAUGGAGAAAACAACAACUAGAGAUUGAAAGAGUCAGAAUCGAAAUGCAGAAUAUGAGAACAGAGUAUGAAGCUCAGAGAUCUGAAAUGAAAAGUCUUAAAGCAGAGAGACAGAGAGAGGAAGAGUGGAGAAAACAACAAGAGGAGAAUGAAAGAGUCAGAUUACAGAUAAUCAGAGCAGAGUAUGAAGCUAAAAGAAUUGAGGCAGAGAGACAGAGAGAGGAAGAAUGGAGAAAACAACAAGAGGAGAAUGAAAGAGUCAGAGUCCAGAAUAUCAGAGCUGAGUAUGAAGCUAAAAGAAUUGAGGCAGAGAGACAGAGAGAGGAAGAAUGGAGAAAACAACAAGAGGAGAAUGAAAGAGUCAGAGUCCAGAAUAUCAGAGCUGAGUAUGAAGCUAAAAGAAUUGAGGCAGAGAGACAGAGAGAGGAAGAAUGGAGAAAACAACAAGAGGAGAAUGAAAGAGUCAGAGUCCAGAAUAUCAGAGCUGAGUAUGAAGCUAAAAGAAUUGAGGCAGAGAGACAGAGAGAGGAAGAAUGGAGAAAACAACAAGAGGAGAAUGAAAGAGUCAGAUUACAGAUAAUCAGAGCUGAGUAUGAAGCUAAAAGAAUUGAGGCAGAGAGACAGAGAGAGGAAGAAUGGAGAAAACAACAAGAGAUUGAGAGAGGCCAAAUGUUACACAGAUCACAAAGUAACACUGAAUUUGAAGAAUUUUAUAGGCAAUAUGAGCGUAGGUUCAGUUUUUCAGCUUUUAUAUCUGGUAAGAAACAUACUGGUAUUGGUGCAGUUGUUGGUGGCAUUCUUGGUGUAGCACUUGGAGCUAUUGCUGGGCCUGCCGGUAUAGCUUUUGGUGGAGCUGUUGGAACAGCUAUUGCUGGGCCUGUUGGUACAGCUGUUGGUGGAGUUGCUGGUGCAGCUGUUGGUGGAGCUGUUGGUACAAUAUUUAGUAGAUUUCAAUGAAUAACGUGGAACAAAUUCUCAUGAAAAGAGAAAAGACCAGAGA